CACAUUCCGUAAUGUUCAAGAUCAGCUCAUGCAGCGUAGGAAUCUUCAGCGUCCUCCGUGUCUUUGCAAGCAGUGAAGAGACAGUGUUGAGCCAUCGUCGUCUUUGCGGAGGAGUGGAGACGUCUGUGGCCCCAGCCGUCCAGGGAAAGAGAUUCAGUCAGAGUGGCCAUCUUCAAGACCAUCAAAGAAUCUACACAGGGGAGAAACCGUUUGAAUGCUCAGAGUGUGGAAAGAGAUUCAGUCGCAUUAACAGUCUUCAACUCUAUCAAAGAACCCACACAGGGGAAAAACCUUUUGAAUGCUUAGAGUGUGGAAAGAGAUUCAGUCGCAUUGACAGUCUUCAACUCCAUCAAAGAACCCACACAGGGGAGAAACCUUUUGAAUGCUCAGAGUGUGGAAAGAGAUUCAGUCGGAGUGGCACUCUUCAACUCCAUCAAAGAACCCACACAGGGGAGAAACCUUUUGAAUGCUCAGAGUGUGGAAAGAGAUUCAGUCGGAGUGGCACUCUUCAAAAGCAUCAGAGAUCCCACACAGGGGGGAAACCUUUUGAAUGCUUAGAGUGUGGAAAGAGAUUUCAUAGGAGUGACAAUCUUCAACUCCAUCAAAGAUCCCACAGAGGGGAGAAACCUUUUGAAUGUUCAGAGUGUGGAAAGAGAUUCAGUCGGAGUGGCACUCUUCAACUCCAUCAAAGAACCCACACAGGGGAGAAACCUUUUCAAUGCUUAGAGUGUGGAAAGAGAUUCAGUCAGAGUAGAGGUCUUCAAGAGCAUCAGAGAAUCCACACAGGGGAGAAACCUUUCGAAUGCUCAGAGUGUGGAAAGAGAUUCAUAUUUUUUUUUAAGCUACAGAAAAGAAGCCACACAGGGGAGAAACCUUUUGAAUGCACACAGUGUGGAAAGAAAUUCAGCACCAGUGGAAAUCUUCAGCAGCAUCAGAGAACCCACACAGGGGAGAAACCUUUUGAAUGCUCGGAGUGUGGAAAGAGAUUCAGUCGGAGUACCUUUCUUCAAGUGCAUCAGAGAAUCCACACAAGGGAGAAACCUUUUGAAUGCUCAGAGUGUGGAAGGAGAUUCACUCACAGUAGCACUUUUCAACUGCAUCAAAGAACCCACACGGGGGAGAAACCUUUUGAAUGCUCAGAGUGUGGAAAGAGAUUUACUCACAGGCGCACACUUCAAGUGCAUCAAAGAACCCACACAGGAGAGAAACCUUUUGAAUGCUCAGAGUGUGGAAAGAGAUUUACUCACAGGCGCACACUUCAAGUGCAUCAAAGAACCCACACAGGAGAGAAACCUUUUGAAUGCUCAGAGUGUGGAAAGAGAUUUACUCACAGGCGCACACUUCAAGUGCAUCAAAGAACCCACACAGGAGAGAAACCUUUUGAAUGCUCAGAGUGUGGAAAGAGAUUUACUCACAGGCGCACACUUCAAGUGCAUCAAAGAACCCACACAGGAGAGAAACCUUUUGAAUGCUCAGAGUGCGGAAAGAGAUUCAGUUCGAAUGGAAAUCUUCAAAAGCAUCAAAGAACCCAUGUAGGGGAGAAACCUUUUGAAUGUUCAGAGUGUGGAAAGGGAUUCAAUCAGAGUAGCCAUCUUCAUCUGCAUCGAAGAACCCACACAGGGGAGAAACCUUUUGAAUGCUCAGAGUGCAAAAAGAGAUUCAGUCACAAUGGUAGUCUUCAGCGUCAUCAAAGAACCCACACAGGAGAGAAACCUUUUGAAUGCUCAGAGUGCGGAAGGAGAUUCAGUAUGAGCAGCAUUCUUCAAAACCAUCUCAGUACCCACAGAGGGGAGAAACCUUUUGAAUGCUUAGAGUGUGGAAAGAGAUUCACUCGGAGUGGCAGUCUUCAGUGUCAUCAAAGAACCCACACAGGGGAGAAACCGUUUGAAUGCUCAGAGUGUGGAAAGAGAUUCAGUCAGAGUGCUGGUCUUCAAUAUCAUCAAAGAACUCACACAGGGGAGAAACCUUUUGAAUGCUCAGAGUGUGGAAAGAGAUUCAGUCAGAGUAGCCAUCUUCAUCUGCAUCGAAGGACCCACAGGGGGGAGAAACCUUUUGAAUGCUCAGAGUGUGGAAAGAGAUUCAGUCAGAUUGGCAGUCUUGGGCAACCUGGCAACCCCGGCGUAAAGGCUGAGGCUGGAGUCCUGGGGCCCCCAGGUAAGAGGAUCCUUGACCACCGCGACAAAUCUCCCGCCCUGCCCCUGCACCCUCUCUUUCCCGCCGUGGCCUUUGGCACGUCUCCCCAGCCCAGAACCGGCCCCUCCUGCUCCACCACUCCCUCCGGAGCCCGCUGCAGCCUCCAGGGCUCGCAGGGGCCCAUGGGGCUGAUCGGCCCCCCAGGGAAACCAGGCCACCAGGGCCGAGCCGGAGCUGACGGGGCUCGGGGCGUGGCUGGAGAACCUGGUGUCGAGGGGCCACCAGAGGAAACAGCCAGGUCAGCAGGAACCGCCAGGGACUCAGGUAAGAGGGGACCACGGACACAGGGUCUGCCGGGACCGCAAGACGCUAUAGGGCCUCUGGGGGGAAAGGGCCCCAGAGGGAAACCCGGCCUCCCCGGGAUGCCAGGCUUAGACGGACCUGCUAUGUGGGCAUCAUCCCUGAAGACAGAAGCAACCUUCCCUGAAGCAGAACGAAGUUCCUUGGAGCAAGAGCAGAGGGCACAGGCUAUGGAGUGUGCCCAAGAUAUCCUGUCCUGUGAGAACGAUCAGAGAAAUGAAAAGAUUGAGGAACUUCAUCCACAAUUCCCAGAGACAGUUUAUAAUGAAGAUGUAAAAGGAAAGGUCAGGAAUCGAGGCAGACCUACAAAAAAGAAAAGUGGCCUGUUGCUUGAGAAGAGAGAUGUAAAACAGCAUAAUGCACAGUUUCCAAACCACGAUACAAUGAAGACAAGUAAAUCGGUUCAGUGCAGAAAGGACAUCAAAUAUAGGUCACAGCUUUUUGGGAACCAAAAAAUACAAACAGGAGAGAAACCUUUUGAAAACUCACAGUGUGGGAAGAAAUUCAGUCAGAGUGACAAUCUUCAACAGCACCAAGGAACCCACAAAGGGGGGGAACCUUUUGACUGCUCGGAGUGUGGCAAGAAAUUCAGUACCAGUGGCAAUCUUCAACAGCAUCAGAGAACCCACACAGGAGAGAAACCUUUUGAAUGCUCAGAGUGUGGAAAGAGAUUCAGUCAGAGUGGCAAUCUUCAACAGCAUCUAAUAACCCACACGGGGGAGAAACCCUUUGAAUGCUCAGAGUGUGGAAAGAGAUUCACUGCAAGCAGCGAUCUUCAAAAGCAUCAAAGAACCCACACAGGGGAGAAACCUUUUGAAUGCUCAGAGUGUGGAAAGAGAUUCUGUCAGAGUACCCAUCUGCAACAGCAUCAAAGAACCCACACAGGGGAGAAACCUUUUGAAUGCUCAGAGUGCGGAAAGAGAUUCAGUUGCAGUAGCAAUCUUCAAAAGCAUCAAGGAACCCACAGAGGAGGGAAACCUUAUGACUGCUCAGAAUGUGGAAAGAGAUUCAGUCAGAGUGCCCAUCUUCAACAGCAUCAGAGAACCCACACAGGGGAGAAACCUUUUGAAUGCACAGAAUGUGGGAAGAGAUUCAGUCACAGUUCCAAGCUUCAACAGCAUCAGAAAACCCACACAGGGGAAAAACCUUUUGAAUGCUCCGAGUGCGGAAAGAGAUUCAGUGUGAGUGGCAAUCUUCAAAAACAUCAAAGAACCCACACAGGGGAGAAACCUUUUGAAUGUUCAGAGUGUGGAAAGAGAUUCAGUCAGAGUAGCCAUCUUCAACUGCAUCGAAGAACCCACACAGGGGAGAAACCUUUUGAAUGCUCAGAGUGUGGAAAGAGAUUUAGUCACAAUGUCAGUCUUCGGUGUCAUCAAAGAAUUCACACAGGGGAGAAACCUUUUGAAUGCUCAGAGUGUGGAAAGAGAUUCAGUAAGAGAAGCUAUCUUCAACAGCAUCAAAGAACCCACACAGGGGAGAAACCUUUUGAAUGCUCAGAGUGUGGAAAGAGGUUCAAUCAUAGUGCAAGUCUUCAGUGUCAUCAAAGAAUCCACACAGGUGAGAAACCUUUUGAAUGCUCAGAGUGUGGAAAGAGAUUCAGUACCAGUGGCCAUCUUCAAUAUCAUCAAAGAACGCACACAGGGGAGAAACCUUUUGAAUGCUCAGAGUGCGGAAAGACAUCUAGUACAAGUAGCAAUCUUCGACUGCAUCAAAGAACCCACACGGGGGAGAAACCUUUUGAAUGCUCAGAGUGCGGAAAGCGAUUCAGUACGAGCAGCUAUCUUCAACAGCAUCAGAGAACCCAUACAGGGGAUAAACCUUUUGAAUGCCCAGAGUGUGGAAAGAGAUUCAGUCACAAUGGCAGUUUUCAGCGUCAUCAGAGAACCCACACAGGGGAGAAACCUUUUGAAUGCAAAGAAUGUGGGAAGAGAUUUAGUCACAGUUCCAAGCUUCAACAGCAUCAGAAAACCCACACAGGGGAAAAACCUUUUGAAUGCUCAGAGUGCGGAAAGAGAUUCAGUUAUAAUGUCAGUCUUCAGUGUCAUCAAAGAACCCACACAGGGGAGAAACCUUUUGAAUGCUCAGAGUGUGGAAAGAGAUUCAAUCACAGUGCAAGUCUUCAGUGUCAUCAAAGAACCCACACAGGGGAGAAACCUUUUGAAUGCUCAGAGUGCGGAAAGAGAUUCAGUACCAGUGGCCAUCUUCAAUAUCAUCAAAGAACCCACACAGGGGAGAAACCUUUUGAAUGCUCAGAGUGUGGAAAGAGAUUCAAUCAUAGUGCAAGUCUUCAGUGUCAUCAAAGAACCCACACAGGGGAGAAACCUUUUGAAUGCUCAGAGUGCGGAAAGCGAUUCACUACGAGCAGCUAUUUUCAACAGCAUCAGAGAACCCACACAGGGGAGAAACCUUUUGAAUGCCCAGAGUGUGGAAAGAGAUUCAGUUACAAUGGCAGUUUUCAGCGUCAUCAAAGAACCCACAGAGGGGAGAAACCUUUUGUAUGCUCAGAGUGUGGAAAGAGAUUCAGUCAGAGUGGCCACCUGCAAGUGCAUCUCAGAACCCACAGAGGGUAGAAAUCUUUUGAAUUCUCAGAGUGUGGAAAGAGACUUAGCUGGAGUAUCACUUUUCAUAAACAUCUAAGAGCCCACCUGUGAUGGACUCCGGGGUUGGGAUCA